AUGGCUCUCACCACCAUCGACGUCCCCUCGCUCGAAAAGCUCUCCACCGGCAAAGUCCGCGACAUCUUCGCCCUCCCCGACCCCUCCACCCUCCUCUUCGUCGCCUCCGACCGCAUCUCCGCCUACGACGUCAUCCUCGCCAACGGCAUCCCCAACCGCGGCGCCAUCCUCACCCUCGCCUCCGCCCACUGGUUCCGCCUCCUCCCGUCCCUCCUCCCCGGCCUGCGCACCCACUUCCUCUCCCUCGACGUCCCCGCCACCGUCCCCGCCGCCGCCGCCCCGUCUCUCCGCCACCGGAGCAUGCAGGUCCGCAAGCUGCGCAUCCUCCCCGUCGAGGCCAUCGUCCGCGGCUACCUCGCCGGCAGCGGCUGGAAGGAGUACCAGCGCGCCGGCACCGUCCACGGCAUCGCCCUCCCCGAGGGCCUCCGCGAGUGCGAGCGCCUCCCCACGGGGCCCCUCUUCACCCCGUCCACCAAGGCGCCCCAGGGCGAGCACGACGAGAACAUCCACCCCGACGAGGUCGCCGCUCUCAUUGGCGAAAAGUACGCCGCCAGGGUUCGCGAGCUCGCCCUCUCCAUCUACCAGGCUGCCGCCGACUACGCCCUCGAGCGCGGCAUCAUCAUCGCCGAUACCAAGUUCGAGUUUGCCGUGGACGACGCCACCGACGAGGUCGUCCUUGCCGACGAGGUCCUGACCCCCGACAGCUCCCGCUUCUGGGACGCCGCCACCUACGAGGCCGGCCGGGACCAGGAUAGCUUCGACAAACAGAUUGUCAGGAAUUGGCUCGUCGCCAACGGCGUCAAGGGCAAGGAGGGUGUUGUGCUGCCCGAAGACGUGUGCAAUGCCACCGAGGCCCGAUACAAGGACGUCUUUUGA